AUGGCGGAAACGCAUGAAUUCCACGCUCACAAGCUCUUCUCACUCGAAGGUUAUGUGUGUGUCGUGACCGGCGGUGGUACAGGCAUUGGUCUUAUGGCCAGCCAGGCACUCGCGGCCAAUGGAGCCAAGGUUUACAUUACCGGUCGACGGAUGGAAGCUCUCGAAAACGCAGCAAAGUCCCAUCAUCCGGCUGAAGGUUCCGAUGUCAAGGGUGGCCAGAUCAUUCCUGCAGGCCCUUGCGAUGUGACGAAGAAGGAUGACCUGGAAAAGCUCGUCAAGGAAAUACAGAGCAAGGAAAAGUUCAUCCACCUCUUGAUGUGCAACGCUGGUGUAGGCGGACCGAAGACAGUACCGGAUGAAGAGGACGCAGGUGACCUCAAGAAGAAGCUAUGGGAGAACGAGAGUGUGGAAGAAUGGAACGACACCUACAAGGUGGACGUCACGAGUGUGUACUUCACAACCGUCGCCUUCCUGCCUCUGCUCCAGGCUGCAAUCGAGCCGAACGGACCAUUACCGCGGUUCGCACCCAGCGUCAUCACCACGUCAUCCAUGUCCGGCAUGAUGAGGCACGCGCAGGGCCAUUUCGCUUACAACGCUGCCAAAGGUGCCACCGUACACUUGACGAAACUGAUGUCUGCGGAGUUCCAGAGAGCGGGGAUCAGAGUGAACAGCAUUGCGCCGGGCUACUUCCCAAGCGAGAUGACGGCAAAGAGUUCGGACGACAAGCAGAAGUCUGAGCUGCCGGCGGAGAAGGUGCAAGAGAAGGGACAUGUGCCGUUGAUGCGAGGUGGUAAGGAGGAGGAGAUGGGUAUGACUGUGCUUUAUCUGGCUAAGUGCGAGUACGUCAAUGGCGAAAUCAUUGCGGUGGAUGGUGGCGUACUCAACGUCGUGGGCGGUCGGUAA